CAAAAGAGGCUGACGAGGAUGUUUUUUUCCUCUCGCCUUGGGCAGUCCUGGAACGGGGGGUCCCUGCACCCCGGAAACCACUGGGUCCUGCCUUCCCCUUCGCCCCGCACCCAGGAGGGCUGGCCUUUGGGUGCCAUUGGUCCCCAAACGUUAGCCCCGGGGAGGGCUCCAGCUCCUGGGGGGGGAUAUAAAGGCUGGAGGAUCAGCCCAAGUUCUCUGCGCCGGGGUUUGCUGGAAGAAGGAGGGAUGGGACCCAAAAGCAGCUUGAUCUUGGCUCUUCUCUGCUGGGUUGGGGGCGAGGUGGCGGCCUACCCUCCCUCGCCUUGGGAUUUCUCCUGGGGGGCGCGGGCAGAACCUCACCCUUGGUCCUGGGUGGAGGACCCCCAGUCUCGAGCCAUCGCCACCAGCCAGCGGCCGGUGACGGUGCAGUGCCAGGAGGCUCAGCUGGUGGUGACGGCCCACCGGGACCUCUUCGGUACCGGCCGCCUGGUCAACCCCGCCGACCUGACGUUGGGGCCUGCGGCCUGCAAACAUUCCACCCUCAACCCGGCCCCCAUCAACACCGUCGUCUUCACCGCCGGCCUCCACGAGUGCGGCAGCAUCGUCCAGAUCACGCCGGAUUCCCUCAUCUACCGCACGCUCCUCAACUACGACCCCAGCCCCGCCAGCAACCCCGUCAUCAUCCGCAACAACCCCGCCGUCAUCCCCAUCGAGUGCCACUACCCCAGGAGGGAGAACGUCAGCAGCAGCGCCAUCCGUCCCACCUGGGCUCCCUUCAGCUCCACGCUGUCGGCGGAGGAGAGGCUGGUGUUCUCCCUGCGCCUCAUGAACGAGGACUGGACAGCUGAGAGACCUUUCACUGGUUUCCAACUGGGCGAUGUCCUCAACAUCCAAGCGGAGGUGGCCACCGAGAGCCACACGCCGCUGCGGUUGUUCGUGGACAGUUGCGUGGCCGCCCUCAGCCCCGGCACCGACUCCUCACCCCACUACGCCAUCAUCGACCACAACGGGUGCUUGGUUGACGGGAGGAUGGAUGACACCAGCUCUGCCUUCAUCACCCCCCGGCCCCGGGAGGACAUGUUGCGCUUCAGGAUCGACGUCUUCAGGUUCGCGGGGGACACCAGGAACCUGAUCUACAUCACCUGCCACUUGAAGGUGACCCCAGUUGACCAAGCCCCGGACCCUCUGAACAAGGCUUGCUCCUUCAACAAAGCCAGAAACACCUGGUCACCGGUGGAAGGGACCCGGGACAUCUGUAGCUGCUGUGAGAUGGGCAACUGCGAGUCCCCCGCGCUCUCCCGGAGGCUGAGCCCCCUGGACCGAUGGCCCAGCCGCCGCUUCCGCCGCCACGACGCCAAGGGGAAAGAGGCUGAAGCCGACGUGGUCAUCGGCCCCGUGCUCCUCUCCAGGGACCCCGGCGCGGUGGGAGAGCAGCAGGAGGGGGGUCAGGGUGGAGCGACGGCGGUGGCCGGCGUGGGGCCGAGGCUGAUGUACGUGGUGGCCAGCGUGGGGCUGGCCGGGGUGGUGCUGGGGGUGGCCGUGGGGUACAGGAGGUGCACCCACACCUCGGCCUGA